AUGCUAAUCCAAAAACGUCGCAGCGAGUUGCAAACCAUUGCGGAAAAGAUCAGCGAGAUUGAAAGUGAUGCAGAUGAGCAUCGUCUUGUUAUCAAAACACUUGCCGACGUAUACGAAAAAGAACCGGAACGUACAUGUUUCCGCCUCAUCGGUGGGGUUCUCGUGGAACGGACCGUGAAAGAUGUCCUGGAGACGCUUCAGACGACACUCGAUGGCUUCACCAAGGUCAUUGUCGAGCUUGUUAAGCAGUACAAGACGAAGGAAGAGGAGCUCACAGCGCUGCAGCGCGAGUCGACCCAGUAA